CCAUAUAAAAUGUUGGUGGUAGUUUUUGUUUUUCUCCUUCCUUAUCUGCUAGAGUUUUGGCAUAUAAGAGGAGAGAGAAAAAGGUCAUGAAAUCUCUGCUCAUCUCCUUCUUCACUUAAACGAAAUCCAUCACUCCUCGUCCUUUCACCUUCAAACCUAACCUACCCCUAAUCUUUUUUUUUUCCCCAGAAAUUUACUCAUCAUUUUCAUCACUUUAUUUAGGAGUAUAUAAAUAUAUAUAUUAUCACUUCAUUUACGAGUAAUAGUAUAUAUUUAUAUAAAUGGCAGUUGAAGCAGAGUUUUUCUCAGAAAAUCUGGGUUUUUCUCAAGAUUACAUCACAUCCAUACCCAAUCUCUCUCCUCCUCUACAACAACAGGGAAUGGGAAUGGGAAUGGGAAUGGGGUUUAACGUUAACCAAGGAAUUGUUUGCAAUCCUUGUUCUUCUUCCAUUAAUGUUACUGAGAGUAAUAUUAUGCCUUGUUUGGCUUUUCCUCAACCUUUUUCUGCUUUGCUUGAGAAACAUAAGCAUGAAGUUGAUCUUUAUCUUCAUAUUCAGGGAGAGAGAUUAAAGGAAGCAGUGAAACAACACAAAAGGCAACAAAUGCAGCUAAUAAUAAACAGUUAUGAGUCAAGAUCAAAGGCAUUAAUGAGGGAAAAAGAGGAAGAUUUGGAAAAAUUGAGGGUAAAAACAAAAUUAUUGGAAGAAUACUUGAAGAAAGCAGUUGAAGAAACAGAAGCGUGGCAGAGAAUUGCUAGGGAGAAAGAAGAAACAGUGAUUGAACUCAACAAUAUGCUUCUUAUGGUACAACAAAACCUUUCUUUGGUCUCCCAACAAAACAUCGUUAAUAAUAAUAAUAUAAUUAGUGGUGAAAAUGAAGAAAAUGAUGUAGAGAGUGUGUGUGAUUGUGAAUCAUUGAUAGGAGGGGUCGGGGAGGAGAGAGAAAGUGAGGAAACAGAGAAGAAGUUGUUUGGUUGCAAAUGCAAAUGGUGUAAUGAUGGGAGUUUCUGUGUUGUUUUUCUCCCUUGUAAACAUCUUUGUUGCUGUAAAGUCUGUGAACCUCUUCUUGGACUAUGCCCUGUUUGUCACUCUGUUAAACAGGGGAGUUUGGAAAUUUUUUUCUCAUAGAUAAACUGGUGAAAAAAAAUAUGUGCAGGCAAACACAGCUUAGGGGAAAAGUAGUAUUUUCUGCCCUUUUCUAGUUUUUUACUUUUUUCAGAAAGUAGCAGUAGUUUUUAACCUUUUUUUUUUUACUAUUUAGCUUGUAAAAAAAAAAAAAUACAUCCCCGGUUUUUGUUUCUCUUUGUUCUUUUUGGGACAUUUCGGUGGGUGGAAAUGAUGGUGAUGACUGAUGAGUUUACUAAUGUGUAUACAAAGUUGGAACUGUUGCAUUGACGAAGGAAAAAGUUUUUUUUGUUCAUUUAUGUUUUCAUACUUGAUUUAUGUUUUAUGUUGGGAAUGGUUAUGGACUUAUGGUCAUGGUAUGUUAGAUGUUAUAUUUUUUUUUUUGGACAAUGGGGAAUUGCAUUAAUUUAAGGAAGUACAAAUGCUAAUACAAUCCUACAAAUACGAAGAUAAUUAAACUGAGCGAUACAUUCUCCUACAUAAAUAUUACACAAGUAUACAAAAUUUAACCAAUGAUGAAACUGCAUGAUCAGGAGAGCCGAAUUGAUAUGUAACUGAAAUAGAAUUUUUCUGCUAGGGAAGGGAAUGCUGAUUUCACGAGCGGAGGACCAAUCCCAUUCACCUUCAGUGACAUGGAAUUUUGAAGCCAAAUUUCCUGGAAGAGUCACGUUUCCAUGUGACUCAAUACCCUUUUGGACGGGUAUAUGAGACUUCUCCAUUGAUGAGAAGCUCAUUUUUGUGAACGCGCUAUGCCAAUUAACAAAUUGGGGAGCUGUCUUCAGAUUUGGUUUUUUCAAGGCAAUGAUGGAUAAAAUCAUUACAAAGCGGAAUUGAGAUCGAACUGGAGUUAGAUCUCGAAGAAACGUCCAAUGUUCUAAAUCGGACAACACAAACCCCCGCCACAAAUUUUUUUGCCACGCAAACCCUAACAAGGCGCUAAAAACCUGAUCCAACUUCAAAAACAAAACGACCUCUAGCAGUUAACACAAGCAUCAAGCAGCUUAGUAUAGCAGACACAAGACCCAUACUAACGCGCCCACAAACUAAACAAUUACAAUGUAUUUCCAGCAUGCACUAGGGGAUAUGGAGAGCCGGAUAACCAACAACAUUGUUUGGUAAACUAGACACUAACCGGAGAAGGGGAAGGGGAUGCCCAUAUUUUGUUCACUUUCGACUCAACUAGGGGAUAGGGAAAGGGAAGCCCAAACUUAUC